GCAUGCGGCCUAUGACAGGAACCGACAACCAUUUUGCGAUGCCAUAGAGAAUAUAAACAGACAAGACGUCCGAAUAUAACGUGAGCUGACGUUUGUUUAGGAGGUGUGGUCGGAUCAUGAUGGAAUGUUGUAUUCAUAUCUAGAAUCCUUCGAAUUAAAAUCCAAACUAACGUAACGCUAUAGACAUGCAACAACAUUCGUAACAACAUUCUGAAGGUCUAAUGGGCAAUUUCACUAUUGAUGAUGCAUUUGAGAUGUCUCUGGAGGACACAAAAAACACAUUUGGGUCACUGCACUUUGGGGAUCCCGAUACCCAGCAGAACCGUCACAAGUACAAGAAUUUGGAAAACGAUGAAGAGGCUGACAGUGUGGAAAUCCAAGAUCCAGCCAGAGUUCUGCCUCAACUUUCUUCUCGCAACUCUCAGUGCUCCUUUAGCACAACCAGUAACAGCACCCAGUUCUCUCAUCAAGGCUUAUUCAGUUGGACCAGACAUCCUCUCAUACAAAAGAAUAAGAAAGUUGUUCUCUCAUCUUUCCUUCUGCUUCUUCUAGGUUUAGUCUUAAUUCUUGUUGGUGUGGGAUUACAGAUCAACCCAUCACCAG